CUCAACAAACCGCGCGAGGCCUCCAGGAAGGCCGGGUUUUCCCAAGACACGGGGCGGGUUUUGGAGACGUGGCAGCGGAAGGCGGAAUGGGCUAAGAGGAGGCAUUAUGGCAGGGGGCUGGGCCGGAUUCUCGGAGCAGGAGCUUCGGCAAUUUCAGGGGCAUCGCAAAGAUCCACGAGGACCCCUGUCCAAACAACAGAAUCAAAGGCCUUCAGUAAACAAAAGCCGCCAAUGUUUGCAGCAGAAAAAGGUGCCUCAGAAGACAGAAGAAACAUUGGAAUUGCCAGAUGGAGCGGCAUUGUCACCUCUGGAGAAGGCUGAGCAACAAGAGGCCAGAAAUCAACAGGUGGAAGUUGGAAUUAAACAGUCUUGUAAUAGUGACCCAACUGUAGCAACAAGUCAUCAGCUUGUGAAAAAGAAAAUGGAAUUGCAGGAGAAGUCUCGGUGGGAAAUCCUUCAACAGGAGCAGAAACUGAUGGAAGAAAAAAAUAAGCGCAAGAAAGCUUUCCUUGCUAAAGCAAUUGCUGAAAGAUCUAAAAGAACUCAGGCUGAAACAGUUAAAUUAAAGCGGAUUCAAAAGCAGCUCCAAGCUUUAGAUGACAUGGUAUCUGCUGAUAUUGGGAUCCUGAGAAAUAGGAUUGACCAGGCAAGCUUGGAAUAUUCAUGUGCUCGGAAGCGUUAUGAUAAAGCAGAAUUAGAAUAUGUGGCUGCAAAACUGGAUCUCCAAAAGAAAACAGAAGUUAAAGAACAACUUGCAGAGCACUUGAGCACAAUCAUACAGCAAAAUGAACUCCGAAAGGCAAAGAAAUUGGAGGAGUUGAUGAAAGAGCUGGAAGUAGAAGCUGAUGAAGAGAACCUGGAACUGGAGAUUGAAGUAGAGCAAAUGUUGCAACAGCAGGAAACAGAAGCUAGAAGGCAAGAGAUUGAGAUACAAAAGUUUGCUCAGGUUGAUGCGCAGUAUACAGAUUCUCAGACUUUGAGUAAAGGACACGAACAUGAAAACCUUAGAAACGUUAAUGGAGCAGCUUAGAAGUUCCCAAAUAGAUGACCAAAGUCACACAGCAAACUCUUUCUGAAAGAAAUUAUGAUUCAUCCAGAACAUGUCCAAUAACAUUAUUUUUGAUAUUUGAGUAAUAAGAAGCACUGGCAUAUCAUUAUAUAAGAAGCCUCUGAAUUUGUGCAGUUUUCUAGUCUGUAUUAUCAGUGUGCAUGUGUGCGUGCGUGUGCCUAUGCAUGAGUUAUUCUAUACAAAUGAUGUCUUCCAUGUCUAUCUUCUUCCUUUUCACUGAGAAACCUGCAUGUGAUCCCUUAUGAAGGGGAAAGGGUAAUGUUAUCUACAUAAUAUUUAAAGUUCAAAACGCCAUGCCAGUAGGAGUAAGGAGUUAUGUAUAUCUUAUAUGAAAUUCUCACUACAUCCUACAUUAUUGGCUUAGACACACUCUAUUAAGUAACUCAUUUUUCAGUGCUCAUAAAUGAAUAUAAAAGGACAUGGCUGAGCAAAUCAGGAGAAAAUCUGAUUCCUCCAACUGCCAAAUAUUUUCUACCCUUGUUAGUGAUUCUGUAAAAAAAAAUGGUUGGACUGUUAAUAAAUUAAAUAUUUCUGGACUAAACCUAAUUACUGAGCAAUAAAAGGGGAAAUGACCUUCCAAUAUUUUAAAUAUAUUAUUAAUUGAAGUAUAAAUAAACAUUCAGUAAAUAAGAAACAAAACACUUUUAAACUCAUAUUUGGAUUCUCAAGAUUCUCUGGUGAUCUCACCUUUUUAUUUUAUUCAUCUUUGCAUGUUUCUUGACCAUUCAUGUAUUGUUGAAGCACUAAUCCUUUGUCCUUGCAUAAUCAGCACAUGCCAAAUUUCAAUAAAAAUGUUCCCAUUUUUAAAAA